AUACCUCUCCGUAUCAUGGCCCACGUGAGACAUUUUCGGACAUUAGCUUCUGGAUUUUACUUCUGGGAAGCAGCGCUGUUGCUCAGUUUGGUUGUUACAAAGGAAACUGAUAGUGCAAGAUCUCGAAGUACUCCGAUGUCACCAUCUGAUUUUCUGGAUAAACUAAUGGGGAGGACAUCAGGAUAUGAUGCGAGAAUCAGACCCAACUUUAAAGGUCCUCCGGUUAAUGUCACAUGCAACAUAUUUAUAAACAGCUUUGGCUCCAUCGCAGAGACGACCAUGGAUUACAGAGUGAAUAUCUUUCUUCGUCAGAAAUGGAAUGACCCUCGCCUUGCAUACAGUGAAUAUCCUGAUGAUUCCUUAGACUUAGACCCUUCCAUGCUGGAUUCUAUUUGGAAGCCUGACUUAUUCUUUGCCAAUGAGAAGGGUGCCAAUUUCCAUGAAGUUACCACAGACAACAAAUUGCUAAGAAUUUUCAAAAAUGGAAAUGUUCUAUAUUCAAUAAGAUUGACCUUAACACUUUCCUGCCCAAUGGUUCUCAAAAAUUUCCCAAUGGAUGUACAAACAUGCAUCAUGCAACUGGAAAGCUUUGGCUACACAAUGAAUGACCUCAUUUUUGAGUGGCAAGAUGAAGAGCCUGUUCAAGUGGCAGAAGGACUGACUUUGCCCCAAUUUUUGUUGAAAGAAGAGAAAGAUUUGCGACACUGCACUAAACAUUACAACACAGUUAAAGUAUGUUACAUCCCUUAUUUCGAUUUGGCAUAUGGGAGUAGGGAUAGUAUAAGAUUCGAUUUUGUAUAUUCAUAUAUUAAUAGUGAUGUGUUAUUUUUGCUGCUGUCAGGUGUUUCAAGUGGGUUCUGGCUUGUUUCCUAUGUCAAGGCGAUUGACAUAUGGAUGGCGGUCUGCCUCCUCUUUGUGUUUUCUGCGCUUCUGGAGUACGCAGCUGUAAAUUUUGUUUCCAGACAGCAUAAAGAACUUCUGAGAUUUAGACGAAAGAGAAAGAAUAAGACAGAAGCUUUUGCAUUGGAGAAGUUUUACCGUUUCUCAGACACGGAUGAGGAGGUAAGGGAAAGCCGAUUCAGCUUCACAGCCUAUGGAAUGGGGCCGUGUAUGCAAGCAAAAGACGGUCUGGCCCCAAAGGCCCCAAACCAUCCUGUCCAGGUCAUGCCAAAAAGCCCGGAUGAAAUGCGAAAAGUCUUUAUUGACCGGGCCAAGAAGAUUGACACGAUCUCUCGAGCCUGCUUCCCAUUAGCCUUUUUGAUUUUCAAUAUUUUCUACUGGGUUAUCUAUAAAAUUCUUAGGCAUGAAGAUAUUCAUCAACAACAAGAUUAAUUCUCUGGGGGCAUGCACACAAGCUAAUAUGGUCAAUCCUGAAGAAAGUUCAUUUACCAUAAUUGUGUAUGUAUGAGUAUACAAAUGAUCAAUGUAU